CCGAGCGGCGCUGGCCUCGCGCCCAGGCCCGCGCGCACCGGCGGCCGGCCCGCUGCAUCGAAGAAGAUUGGCCGAGCACAAAAAAACAAAAACCCGCGCCAGAGGCCACGACGACGAAGCAGCUGGAGACGUCGGCGACGCGUCAUGUACCCGCCGGUAGCGCUCGGUGCCGUGGUCGCCUCCUGAGGAGCCCAGCGGCGUCCAUGAGGCUCUAGCCUCGGAGCCUCGCUCGCCACCGUGCAUCCUGUGUCAGCGGCAGGGUCGAGCUCAGUGACCCGCACCAAACAAGGCCGAGCACGCCAGCCACGGAGUCAUUCGCUGGCAUGGCGAGAAAGCUGACCGCUUUCUCCACGACGGGUGCCAACAACCCCAGCAGUGGCGGAUACUACCACCUGCCAAUCACCGACAUUGUCAUCACCAAGCGCGAUGGCCAGAAGGUGAAGACGGUGCAGGUGGUUCGGUCCGACGGGCCCGACGACGAGCUGAUCGAGAUGUCGUACAUCAGCACCAAGGUGAUCGGCAAGGGCACCUUCGGGGUCGUCCAGCAGAUCAAGCUGGUCGACACGGGCGAAGUGUACGCCGUCAAGUGGGUGCGCCAGGACCGCAAGUUCAAGAACCGCGAGCUGCAGAUCAUCCGCUCGCUCGCCCAUCCCAACAUCACGCGGCUGUGCUACUUCUUCUGCACGCUGGACAAGAACAAGGACACCGUCUACCUCAACCUCAUCAUGGAGUACAUCCCGGAGACCGUCCACAGGGUCAUCAUGCACUACAGCCGAAACAAACACACCUUCCCACUCUUCUUCAUCAAGCUCUACAUGUACCAGGUUCUGCGGGGCCUGGCGUACAUCCACAUGCUCGGCAUCUGCCACCGGGACAUCAAGCCGCAGAACUUGCUCUGCGACCCAGACAAGUGCAUAGUCAAGGUGUGCGACUUCGGCUCGGCCAAGAUCCUCAUCAAGGACGAGCCGAACGUGGCGUACAUCUGCUCGCGCUACUACCGGGCGCCCGAGCUCAUCCUGGGCGCCACCGAGUACACCACCAUGGUGGACGUCUGGUCGGCGGGCUGCGUGCUGGCCGAGUUCUUCAUCGCGAGGCCCGUGUUUCCCGGCGACAGCAACCUGGACCAGUUCUCCGAGAUCAUGCGCAUCCUGGGCACGCCCACCGAGGAGCAGGUGCUGCAGAUGAACCCAAACUGGACCGAGUGCCGGUUCCCCAAGCGCAAGUCGGUGCCCUGGGACAAGGUGCUCGAGGGCAAAGGGAUGCCCAAGGCCAUCGACCUGCUCGCCAGGCUCCUGGACUACGUGCCCAGCAAGCGCAUCACGUGUUUCGACGGCAUGGCGCACGCGUUCUUCGACGACCUGCGCAUCGCAGGGGCCACGUUGCCCGACGGUGGCCCCCUGCCGCCCCUGUUCAACUUCUCGGCCGAGGAACUCCAGGUGAACCCGUCCAUCAAUCACCUGCUGCGACCCCAGCAGGUUGGCACGUCGAGCAACGCGAUGUCCAGAAAGGGCUCGUUACCCAAGAAGUGACACAGCCUGCCCGCUCUGAAGUUCUUUUUCUUGCGAAUCGGUUUCUAUCUCGACGGCCUCCUCCUUCUCCUGUCCUGGACGGGAGCGCAUCGACUUUGCCGAGGGCUUUCACGUUCCAAGAACCACCGGGCCGGGGCCUUCGACUUUUCUUUUAUAUAUUUUAGUGUUCUCAUGUGUCAUGGUGCGGCUUUCUGCCGCUUCUCUCUCCUUUUUUUUUAAUCUGCCUGGUGGCAUUCAGUUACCGGGUGUUUUGAUGACAAAGAGAAAAAAAAAUGUAAGAAAAAACGCAGCAGCUGGCUGACGGGUGUUGGUGAGUCUGUCCUGUGUAGGCGUCAGUCGGACAGCUGACCGUAAUCGACGAGCACCGCCGUUCUCGUGUACAAAACGCAUGCUGAAUCAUCCUCGUAGCGCCUCGCAUACGGUUGCGACGCGUCUUCUAAGGGACAUAUGUAAAGUGCACUCGGCAUGUGACGUCAUUAAGUAGUCAGAAGUGUUGCAUAUGUUUUCCUGUACCCUGCGCUGGUGCAAAGAAACGCAUAGAGCAUCAAGUGCGGCUGCCCGUUCUCCUUAAACUCUCUGCUGCUCAUUUUAUCCAUGGAUGCAUUACUUAGAUGCGAGGAAAUAAAGUUUUUUUUUUUUAACAAGCAAGAAGUUUACGUGCCCCACGUGGUUUUCGUAUUUAGCAAUCUUUAGUGAUCCGUGGGCUAACUCGAGAGUGUGACAAAGCGUGAUACGUCAACCACAGUUGGCUGGAUGCAAUUUGGUCUUCUGUACGCCCAGUCUUUUUUUAUCUUUUUUUUUCUUGUGAAAUCAAGAAGACACGACAGCACCGACGCGUUAAAUAGCAUCGUGGGUCUUUUAGCUUCUGCGCAGUGUGUUUCCUGCCUUAGUCCAUAAAUGUUUGCGCGUGUUGACGCAAAGUCGAAGCAAGUCGUAGCCUACCGACCCUACGUGCCGGGACUGGACUUCACCUCCAAGGUGGGGUCGACGCGGGUCGACUGGCUAUCAAUGGGCCGACACAACCUAAAGAGUAACGGCGACGAAAUCUCACUUGAGCUCAAUUUGUUAACAAAUGAAUAGGUAAAAGUGGAAUGUGGUAGACAACAGCAGUAUUAACUUUGUGUGGUAUAUACGCUUUUUUUAAGGGACAACAGACACCUGCACAAGCGGAUGUAGCCUGAAUUCGUUGCGCUACGAGUGAUCCUAUGCUGUGAUAGUCAGCGGUGAUAGUGACCGACUGUGCUCGCGUGUCU